CUACGGAAGUGAGAAGGUCAAAGGACAGGUAGAGUAUUUUGACUUGUUGAACUGAUGAAGCAAUACGGUGUUGCCACGUAGGCAGAGUUGAAGCUUUGAAAAAUAUAAAUAAUAUCACUAAAUCCAAGAAGCAGACUGCGCGCGUGGUUACACUUUCUCAUGCAUAUUUUUAAAUAUUAUAUUUUCAUGUCUUUCACUAAUCCUUUUGUUGAAAAGUGAUGACCUCGUGAGUGGACCUCAGCUCGUUUGUCUGCCACCAAACCUCACCCCUUUUAUUUUACCAAAAUAUCCUUAGCUCAUUCAUUUAAUUCCAGUUACCAUAAAAGUCCUGUUAACUUGUUAUGGUGAGGGUAUUUUUGUCAAUGAGUGGUAAUUGGGAAAGUCUUGGGCAUCGUGCGCGUUCGUGUCCGUGAAGAGCAGCUUUUGUGAGAUAUCUACAGAGAAAGCAUCCAGAGUCCGGCUCUUUCGCUCUCUUGACUACCAACCGAGUGAGUGAGUUAGUGAGGUCUUCCGUUCCAUGUCAUUUUGCGAGAAAAUAACACUUUCUGGCGAGCCAAACAACAACUGUUCAAGGAACUGACUGAAAAUGUCACCACCCACCACCGUCACUUUAUUCUUAUUUCUUCUAUUAACAUUGUUUUCAUUACGGGCCUCAAGUGCUGUUCAAUCAAAUCAAGACCUGCAACUGGGAGCGGUUACAAGUUUCGGUCUUUCUUCUCCAAAGAAUGAGACAGGAGUUAUCGUCGCCGGCAACUCUACAAUUUUAAGCGAAAACCAGACGUUCGAGCUGGGGUUCUUUUCGACAAAUGAGGAAGCUGGCUGGUAUUUGGGAAUUUGGUACGCUUCAAAUUCAAUUCCUACACCAACUUAUGUUUGGGUUGCAAAUCGUGAAAAACCCAUUAUGAAUAUAACACAAUCUACACUACAAAUCUGUGAAGCUGGUAAAUUAGCAAUUAAAGAUUCUCAAAACUCUAUCAUUUGGCAAAGCACAAACACUGAAAAGGCUACUCAUUUUUCUUUUUUAGACACUGGGAAUUUGGUUUUAUUAUCAACGGAGGGUUUACCAGUGUGGCAAAGUUUUGAACACCCAACUGACACGUGGCUUCCGGGCAUGAACCUCAGUAGUGAUAGAUCUUUAACUUCUUGGAAGAGUUUAUCCGAUCCAUCGCCUGGUUUUUACUCUCUGAGGCUAAAACCAAGAUGGUUCAAUGAAAUUGAACUUGUGUACAAUGGUUCUCUGGUUUAUUGGUCUACUGGGAAUUGGACUGGCAAUUCAUUUGUUAAUAUACCAGAAAUGACCAUCCCUUAUAUAUACAAGUUCUAUUUCGUGAACCCAUACAGGCCCACGGCAACGUUUGGUUUCACAGAAAAGUCAAUCGACAGCGGAUUAAAACCGCCGUUGACAAAGUUUCAUUUGGAUCCAAGUGGACAGCUAAAGCAAUAUACUUGGUCGCAGCAGAUUGAGAAUUGGAACAUGUUCUGGUCACAGCCGGAAGAUAAGUGCAGGGUUUAUGGUUUGUGUGGUAAUUUUGGGUUUUGUCAGGGCACAAUGCUAAGGCCUUGUACAUGUUUUAAUGGAUUUAGGCCAUCUGAUGGUAAUGGCUGGGAUUUUGGGGAUUACUCUGGUGGUUGUAUCCGCACGAGCAAUGAUUUGUGUGGUCAGAGUGAUAUGUUUGAGGAGGUUGGUGUUGUGGGGUUCAUGGGUGCUGUUACUGAAUCAUUUUCGGCUAGUAGGACGGUAUGUGAGAAUUCUUGUUUAAGUAAUUGCUCUUGUAUUGGGUUGUAUCAUAAUGUGAGGACUAAUUUGUGCAAGAAUUUGUUUGGGAAACUCUUGAAUUUGAGGAAUUUGACGACUGAUAACACAAACGAGGAUGUGUUGUAUGUUAGGGUGCCAAGAGGAGGUACUGAAAAGAAAAAUAUCUCAACAACAGUGAUUUUAGUGGCUGGUAUUGUUGGAUCAUUGGCUGUUUUUGCAUUAACGGCAGCGGCGUUGCUGAUUUUACGGAAGAGAAGAGAGAAGAAGGGCAAGGAUAAAGAUGGUGUAUUCUCAGUGCUGAAUUUGAAGGUUUUUUCUUACAAAGAACUUCACACAGUGACAAGAGGCUUCUCGGACAAACUUGGGCAUGGUGGAUUCGGGACAGUUUUUCAAGGAGAGUUAUCGGAUUCCACUAUUGUUGCAGUGAAACGCCUUGAAAGGCCUGGAAGUGGAGAGAAGGAGUUCAGGGCAGAGGUUUGCACUAUUGGGAACAUUCAACAUGUUAAUCUGGUGAGGCUAAGAGGUUUUUGCUCAGAGAAUUCCCACAGACUAUUGGUUUAUGAUUACAUGCCAAAUGGUCCUUUGAGUUCAUAUUUACGCCAAGUUAGUCCUAAUAUAAGCUGGGAUAUUAGAUUUCGGAUAGCCAUUGGUACGGCUAGAGGUAUUGCAUACUUACAUGAGGAAUGCAGAGACUGCAUCAUCCAUUGUGAUAUCAAACCGGAAAACAUUCUUUUGGAUAGUGAUUACACAGCCAAGGUAUCAGAUUUUGGACUUGCAAAGUUAAUAGGUCGGGACUUUAGUCGAGUAUUGGCUACAAUGAGGGGCACUUGGGGCUAUGUAGCACCAGAAUGGAUAUCUGGAUUGGCAAUUACAGCAAAAGCUGAUGUUUAUAGUUAUGGAAUGACAUUGUUAGAGUUGAUAGGAGGUCGCAGAAAUGUUGAGGCACCAGCUUCUGGAGGCAAUGGUAAUGCCGGUGGUGGUGGAGGAGCUGAAUACGGGGAAAAAUGGUUUUUCCCUCCAUGGGCAGCUCGACAAAUCAUUGAAGGCAAUGUGGCAGCAAUCGUGGAUGACAGACUAGGUGGAGUUUACAAUGUUGAUGAGGCUGAGCGUGUUGCAUUAGUGGCAAUUUGGUGUAUACAAGAUAGCGAGGAAAUCAGGCCUACAAUGGGGAUGGUGGUUAAGAUGUUAGAGGGCGUAGUCGAGGUGACGACUCCCCCACCGCCAAGACUAAUACAAGCACUUGUUUCUGGGGAGUCAUAUCAUGGAAUCAGGAUGGAUUCUGACAAUGGGGCAUCUGUUGCUGGUGACUGUUCUGGCAGUAUGAGAGCAUCAGCUGGAGGUUCACAUUCAUCUUCUGGAAAUGUCUCUUCCCCAGUGAAUGUUUUAACUGACAAAUUUGUUGGAAAAACUGAUGAGAAAAGCUAAGCUGAGAACAAGUCUGUAGUAUUUGUCUUUUAAAAAUGCCAUAGAAGGAAAUGUAACAUAGAUUGCCAAGCAGGUAUAAAAGAGCUGGUGCAAUAGAAAGAAACUUUCAGUUCAAAUGCCUGUAUGGCUAUGUCCUUUUCAGAUUACAUAUGUAUGAUUGUAUUUUAGCGCAUGUAUACAUUUCCAAUUUUUUAAUUAAAGGUCAUAAUUUUGGAUUGACAAGGUUCAAAA